GAGUAAUCGACAGAAAGGGGAUCCUGAUUUCUAAGCCCCGCAUCGAUGAUGUUAUGUUCGUGCUUCCGUCCCUGCCGUACGCACCGGGAACUUAUUUAUACGAACGAGCGUUCACAAGCACCUAUUUAAACCAUUGACUCUCGAUGCAAAGAGUGGCUUUGUUAGCAUCACACCUGAUAUCGAGUAGCGACAGCACAUCCAGCAAAAUGGCCGAGACCAAGUCAGAUAUCCACCUCUACACGGCCCAGACGCCCAACGGCAUCAAGGUCUCGAUGCUUCUUGAGGAGCUCGGUCUGCCGUACAAGGUGACCGCCAUCGAGCUGGGCAAGAACACCCAGAAGGAACCCUGGUUUCUCGAAAUCAACCCCAACGGGCGCAUCCCCGCGCUGACCGACACCCUCACCGAUGGCUCGCCCAUCCGCCUGUUUGAGAGCGGUUCCAUCAUGCAGUACCUGGUCGACCGCUACGACACCGAGCACAAGCUGUCGUACCCGCGGGGCACGCGCGAGUACUACGAAGUGAACAACUGGUUGUUCUGGCAGAUGGGCGGUCUUGGGCCGAUGCAAGGUCAAGCAAACCACUUUGCCAGAUACGCCCCUGAGAAGAUCAAGUACGGCAUCGACCGAUACCAGAACGAGACGCGGCGCCUGUACCGUGUCAUGGAUGAUCAUCUGAAAAAGUCCAAGUCAGGCUAUCUCGUUGGUGACAGAUGCACCAUCGCUGACAUUGCCUGCUGGGGUUGGGUCGCUGCUGGCUACUGGGCGGGUAUUUCAUUGGACGACUUCCCCUCCUUGAAUGCCUGGGUCGACAAGAUUGUAGCCCGACCUGGGUCGGAAAAGGGCAGGCAUGUCCCAAGCCGGCACAAGGCUUUGGAGAACCGGCACCAGACUGAGGAGGAAAAGGACAAGGCCGCUGAGGAGACGAGGGGCUGGGUCCUGCAGGGCAUGCAGGAGGACGCGAAGAAGAAAUGAAGAGUGACUUCAAACACGCUGGCUUAUUGAUGGAUGUAGUUGAUGGAAAUCAAGAACUACUUCAUCCCUCA